AUGCAUUUGCCAUCUGGCCAGCCAACAGCCAGAAGGGACCAUGGCGCGGCCACCAAUGCAGCUCCCACUGCCUGGGCCCUGGGGCCCCCCGGCGCCCCAGCUUUUCCAGCCAUUCGUGCUCCCCAAAACCUUCUACCCUCGAGGCAGGGACCGACCCCAACCCCUGCAGCCCAGGGACGCUCCUGCGGGGCAACAGCAGAGGUGACCGCCGGCCAUCGCUCCUGUCUCUCUCUCUCAGGCUCAGCCAACCUGUGCCGCCUGCCCGCGCGGGAGCAGCCCUUCCCUGCAGCCCGGGCACCCCAGGCCCCCCAGGCACCACCAGCAGGUCUGCAGAGGGCUCCAUGUGGCUGCCUCUUCGACCCCCGGGUCUUCCGCAUCCAGCGGGCAACCACCGACCUGCCUCCACCGGCCACCGCCACGCUUGGCCAAGGCGCCGCUUCUCUGCCGGGUGCUGCCCUGUGGGGUCCCGGGGGCUGCGGGGCCCCCCUGGCCUGGGCUGACCCAGGGACCCCCCAGGGCCAACCACAAUACCUCGCACCCUACGAAAAUCAGAGGAGCGGGGUGGCCCCAGCCCCUCCGGUGCUGCUGACAGCCAUCCCCGGCUACCAGCACACCGAGGGGCAGUUGGCGAAGACCAACAUCUCCAGCACGGCCACCCCUGCGGGGGCAGCCCCGGGCAGCGACGUCCCCCCGGGGAGCGACGUUCCUCCCCAGCCGAGCCCUUGGGGAGCCUGCAGAUGA